CUCAUUUCCAAGGACAAUGCAGAAGGUUCUUGCUGGGUCCUUCGCAAUGCUGAUUUGGCCAACAAGGAGGAACCUCUAGUGAUAGGUUUGCAACGAUAUCAUUCCUAACAAGUCAAGACAGGAUUUGCCUGUUGAGAUACACCCUCCAUUGCAGUGUUGUGGAUUCAACAAAGAAUAGCUGGCCUCCUGACUUUGGAUAAGAAAAGCAGACAGCAACAUAUUCUGCACUAAGACAGCACUAUGGCCACCACAGAGAUAGCUGCAAUGGACAAAGAUAGAAACAUUUCAUUCCUCCAUUUCCAGGCUGCAGAUUGCCACGUAGAUUCAGAGUUCAGAUAUACUUUGUUCACUGUCUACUAUAGUAUCAUCUUCAUUCUGGGCUUCAUAGCUAACAUUUACGUGCUGUGGCUUUUCACUCGGGUUUACGCCACCAAGAAACUGAAUGAAAUAAAAAUAUUCAUGGUCAACUUGACAACAGCUGACCUGCUCUUUCUGGUCACAUUGCCCAUGUGGAUAGUGUAUUACCACAACAGAGGGAACUGGAUCAUGCCCAGCUUUUUAUGUAACGUGGCUGGCUACUUAUUCUUUGUGAACACAUAUUGUUCAGUGGCCUUCCUGGGAGUCAUAACAUACAACCGGUUCCAGGCUGUCACAAGGCCUAUUUCUACUGCCCAAUCCAGCACAAGAAGAAGGGGCCUCUAUGUCACUGUAGCCAUCUGGGUCCUGAUAGCUGGCCCAUCCACAUACUUCUUGUUUGAUGAUGGCAUAACCGAAGAAGGGCCUUACACACGCUGUUUUGAGCGCUAUGACACCAAAAAAGACAAUACUCCUGUUUUUGUCAUUCAUGUGAUCAUUUGCAUUUGCUUCUUUCUUACUUUUGGGAUUGUACUGGUAUGCAAUGCCUUUAUUAUCCGGACACUGGUCUCCCAGCCGGUGCAAACUCGGAACAAGGACGUCAGGCAACGGGCACUCUGGCUGGUGUGCACAGUUUUGACCGUCUUUAUUCUGUGCUUUGUGCCUCACCACAUUCUGGACCUACCAUGGACCCUGAUGGUUUUGGAUAGGUGGAAGAUAAGCUGUGAGGCCAAAAACACAGUGAAUGAUUUCCAUCAAGCCACCCUCUUCCUUCUGGGUGCCAACUGUGUUCUGGAUCCUGUCAUUUACUGUUUCCUCACCAAAAAGUUCAGGAAACACCUUUCAGAGAAUUUGAAAAACAUCAAAGACAGCCGCAAGUGUUCCAGGCAGACAACUGAGACGGGCGUGGAAGGUAUGGUACCUCUGCAAGAAUGCCUCCACACCACCCUGAAGUGUUAGAUGUUGUGCUGCAGCCUAAGGAGCAGGAGGUUUUACCUUGUGCUGAGUCUGUACUCAAAUGGAGGCUGGGGACAGGCAAGAACUCUUUGCCUUUAUCACAAGUUUGGCAUGUUAAUUCAAGUUUCUAGCAUUUUUCAAGCUACAGUGGUAGGAAGUGGAAUGUUUAAGACUGUUCUAAUGUCCUAUCUGAAAAAGAAAAUGGAGUAUCACAGAAAAAUUGAAUGUUGUUAUGGCUGUGAAAGGAGAUUAUUUGGAAUUUCCUGUGCUGCCUUUUUUUUUAAGGACAUUUGUAUUGUCUUCUGGUCUAGAAGUUAAUUACAGUAUUACAGCUUUGGCACUUAGUUCCACCCCUUUGUCCUUUAGCUGGUUCAGAACUCUUGGAUCGAGGCAGGUGUCAGAUGUAGAUGCCCUUGGAGAUCUAUUAAAGAUCACAUGUCAUCUGUCAGACAGACUGAGCAAAGAUUAAAAGAUUAAGAAGCAAGCUCCAUUCAUCUCACCAGGGGGAUGGCUAUUGAAUUUGAGUGUAAAGGAAGAGGACAAUCAACUGGCGAUAAUGACAGCCCAGUGGAGGUGGGUCUGAGCAAGGUGGAGGCUCUGUGGAGAGCGUUUUGAAAGCUUUCUCCUACAAAACAUGCCUUGUCUUAGAUUAGUACUAUUUAGCUGUGCUUUUAAGUUUUUUCAGAAGGUAUGGACUUUAAAGAUAGUAGGGGACAUGGCAAUAUUAAUUGGCCAUAGAGAAUAAUCACAAAUUUCUGUCACUUGAGAGUUUGCAUUGCUUUUACAGAAAUUGGGCAUGUCAGAACUGCCUCAGACUCUAGCAGAAAACUGCUUGCUUGUUUUUUUGUGACUAAAAAUCUCAGCUUUGGGACCUUUGUAACUCCUCAGGACUGCUAGCUUUAAGUCCAAUGGAAAUUUCUGUAGAUGUUUUGGUAUGAAGAUUAAGUGGGAUAUUUAUAAGAUCACAUUAGAUUUAAAGUUGUGCAGGAUCCCCAAUGUUGAGGAUUCUAGAUGUUGAGAAAAAGAAUGCCAGCUUCUACACCAGGUUUACCAAGAAUCCUGGAAAAAAAUGAUGGGCAAACCAGGCAUAUGAAUGCUGGCUAGUAUAAAUCUGGCAUGGAGAAGAACUAUAUUUCAGCUUUUAGGUCCUCCACACAGGACAAAUCUUCACAUUCUUUCCUACUGCUAGAUCUAUGGAAUAUGAGUGCUGCAAUUGGCACCCUAAUGUCCUCAUAGGACAAAACACCUGUGUGAAAUUUAAGGGCAGAGGUGAGGAACACAUAGCUAUCCAGAUACUGCUGGACUGCAACUCCAUCAACCCUAGCCCUAAAGAAGGGAGUGAAAUCCCAGCUGCCUAAAUACUGUAUUCCUCACCCCUGUUAAAAUGUGUUCAUUUUGAAAGACAGAGUCUUUUGUUUCACCUCCCACUUCCUCUGCCUGUCACUUUGGGAGCAUGCUGCUGUAGGAAGCAGUUUCAAAAACUCCAAAUAUUUAAUUAUAAUAAAUAAUUAUGGUUCAGUUCAAUUUAGUAUUAUUCAAUGGAAAGGUGUGGUCCACCAAUGGAGGAGAAAAGGAGACACAAAUGAGAGACAGCCAAAUAUAGCUGCUACAACUUUUCACAGAUGGAAACCGGCAUGCCUGCGACAUCCCUAUGAGCAUAUUGAGGGCUACUGCUGAAAUGACCCCUCCAGGCUCCAUCCUGUCUACUAUUUGUCCACUAUACCAUAACCUUGUUUCCCCCUUCCCCAGCACAAUGACUUUAAAACCUAAGGGAAUGGCUUUUCUUGAGGUAAGGUAUGAAAUCAAUAAUUCCUAAUGCAGCUCAGCAGUGGUAGCAUGUAGUGACAACAGGUUAUUAAAUAAAUACUGUCAAUACCUUUCAGUUUAAAGCAGUGGUUCCCAGAUAUUCCUGAAUUAAA